AUUCAUCUCAUCUUUCCGCUGUUGAGCGUUUGAACCAGGCGGCUCUCGUAAACCCGAGUCCAUCUUUCGUGACCCAAAACCACCACAGCCUCUCGACAUGGCGCUCUCACAACGCGUCGUCAUCAUCGGCGCCGGCAUCGUCGGCACCAAUCUCGCCGACGAGCUGGUCUCGCGCGGAUGGACCGACAUCACCGUCGUCGACCAAGGACCCCUGGACAUGCCAGGCGGGUCCACGUCGCACGCCCCCGGCCUGGUGUUCCAGACCAACUCCUCCAAGACGCUGGCCCUGCUGGCCAAGUACACCAUGAACAAGCUCAAGUCGCUGGAGAAGGACGGCCAGAGCUGCUUCAACCAGGUGGGCGGCCUGGAAAUCGCCACCACCCCCGCGAGGCUCGAGGAGCUCAAGCGGAAACACGGCUACGCCUCGUCCUGGGGCAUCGAGGCGCACCUGGUUAGCGCAGACAGGUGCAUCGAGAUCUAUCCCCACCUGAACAGGGAUCUCGUUCUCGGAGGCCUGCACACUCCGACUGACGGCUUGGCGCUGGCCGCCCGCGCUGUUCAGUUGCUCAUGGAGCGUACGCGCGAGGCCGGCGUUCGUUAUAUCGGAUCCAACCCCGUCACCGGUAUUGAGCAGGCGGAUGGCCGAGUCACUGGCGUGAUAACACAGAAUGGCACUAUCCCCGCUGAUAUUGUCGUCUCCUGCGCCGGCUUCUGGGGCGUCGAGGUGGGAGCCAUGGUCGGCUUGAGCGUCCCCUUGCUACCCAUGGGACACCAAUAUGUCAAGACCACCGCUGUCCCAGCCUCUAAGGGCCGGAACGAGUUGCCAAACGGAGCGAGACUACCCAUUCUCCGCCACCAGGACCAAGAUCUUUAUUAUCGCGAACACGGUGAGCAGUACGGCAUUGGCUUCUACAACCACCGUCCCAUGCCCGUCGUGGCCGCCUCACUGGGCGUAACUCCUAAACACGUCAACGACCAGAACAUGCCGUCGCGCCUCGAGUUCACUCCCGAAGACUUUGCGCCGGCUUGGAAGCUGUCCCAGGAGAUGCUCCCUGCCCUGAAGGAGUGCGAGAUUGCUGACGGAUUCAACGGCAUCAUGUCCUUUACCCCCGAUGGCGGACCCCUUGUUGGACUGGCGCCGACUUUGGACAACUUCUACGUAGCAGAGGCCGUGUGGGUGACACAAUCUGCCGGUGUGGCACGCGCCGUGGCUGAAGUCUUGACCGUGGGCAAGUCUACCAUUGAUCUCGCCGAGUGCGAGCUGUCACGCUUUGAUCAGGUCCAGCUCACCCCUUCAUACGUCAAGGAGACGUCGUCACACAACUUUGUCGAGGUCUACGACAUCCUGCACCCCUUCCAGCCGCGAGAGUCACCCCGCAACCUCCGCGUCAGCCCGUUCAAUGGCCGUCAGCGUGAGCUUGGCGCCUACUUCCUGGAGACGGGCGGCUGGGAGCGCCCAGAGUGGUAUGAGGCGAACGCAGAGCUGCUCAAGCAGUUGCCGGCCAAGUGGCAGCCUGUGGAGCGCGAUUCUUGGUCUGCUCAGUUCUACUCGCCCAUCGCUGCGGCAGAGGCAUGGAAGACGCGAACCGCCGCGGCCAUGUACGAUAUGACUGCACAGCGACGGAUCGAGGUGUCCGGCCCCGGUGCAGUUGACCUGUUGCAGCGUCUGACCACAGGCAAUGUCACAAGGAAGCCAGGAGCUGUCACGUAUACGCUGCUUCUCAACGACCACGGACAUCUCCGAAGCGACAUCACCGUGGCCAGACUCACCGACGACGUCUUCCUGGUGGGCGCGAACAGCAACACCGACGUGGCCUACCUCACCCACGAAGCCCGCAAGCAAAAGAAGAUCACCCCUGGGCGAUCCGUGCAGGUGCGCGACGUGACUGGCGGAACUUGCUGCAUCGGACUCUGGGGUCCUCGUUCUCGGGACGUCAUGGCUGCAGUCAGUACCGAUGACUUUACCAACAAGGGACUGCCUUAUCUUUGCGUCAAGAGAGCAAUCAUUGCCGGCAUCCCAGUUACGGCGAUCCGGCGGUCAUCCGUUGGUGAGCUUGGUUGGGAGAUUUAUGCCAGCGCUGAGAAUGGUCUCCGUCUAUGGGAUGCCCUCUGGACUGCCGGCCAGCCCCAUGGGUUGAUUGCAGCCGGCCGAGCCGCCUUCUACGCCUUGCGACUGGAGAACGGAAUCCGACUCUGGGGAACUGACAUGACCACCGAGCACGACCCGUACGAAGUUGGCCUCGAGUUCGCCAUCCAGGCGGGCAAGGAGGGAUACGUCGGCCACGCUGCAAUCCAAGGGCGCUCGAGGAAGUCAGCUACCCGACGGCUACGCACACUCACCGUCGACGACGGCCGCUCGAUGGUGCUCGGCAAGGAGCCGGUGCUCAUUAAUGGCCGACCCGUGGGCUAUGUCACCACUGCUGCGUUUGGAUACACGCUUGGGAAGCCCCUUGCAUUUGCUCACCUGCCCAACACGGUGGCUGAGGGAGAAAGUGUGGAGAUUCAGUACUUUGGGCGACUGAUUAAGGCGACUGUUGCGGCUGACCAGCAAUAUGACUCGCAGAUGAGCCACGUGGAGGUAUUUAGAAGGGAGCACAGGCUGUAAUGGGAAGGGGUGUUUAUGAAAUUAACGAAUGCAUGUAUG